AUGAAGCAGAGAUCAGAGAAAGUUGGAAACGCCAAUAAUAGCCCCAAGAAUGGCUCCAAGCACAACCCCACCAGACACAACGCUGAGCAAGAAGCUCUAAGAGAUGGGGUCAGUCCAUUUCCAGCCGCCUCUGGAAUCACCGUGAAAGCUAUCAAUGCAGCUGCCGUUUUUGCUGUAACAGCCUUCUCCUUAAUAGAGGCUUCAACUUUAACAUUAGAUUGUGAUUUUGAGUUAACGAUCACGGUCUUCAACGAAUUCUUCACCUGUAACAGUGGCUUGAAAAUGCGUAGGAGUUUGGUGGCUGCAGCCUCUUCUGGCUGCUGCAAGUGUAGUUAA